AUGGUCACUGAAAACGUUCUUAAAGUGAGCGGGGGGCACACCGAGAGCGAAGAAGAGAAGCGGUACCUUCUCGUUUCUGGCGGGCUGCAAAAAACCACGGAAAACGAGUGUGCCGCAAUCGCGGGGGAUCACGUUACCCGCCUUGUUCCCACAGCGGCGGUGGUGUUAACAAAAAUAGAGCAAGACUCGGACAAAGACGCGCGCCGAAGCAGCACCGGUGGCUCAUUGUGGCGCGAUAUUGUGAUCUCGGGGGCUUUUGUUUCGCCCCGGCCGCGGCGGGCGCUCGGACGGCCGGGCCCUGCGCCCCCGCGUUUUACACCGCGACUUCGUACCGACGUAGAGACGUGCCAGAUAUGU